AUGAAUGCACUAAAACCCUCCUUCAUGAAGAAAAAGAAGACCAUCACUCCGCAAAAGCCGAGUUCAUUCAAGGAUGAUGCGACUACCUCAUCAUCAACGUCUCUAAACUCAUCUAUUCGUAGCACCUCAAGCUCAAUGAGAGGAUACGACGAAAUGCAGUGUUUGAAGAAGAUCUCCUCCUUUUGCAAGGAAACUGACCGUGACGUCUCUACACAUCUGAUGUUCCGCAUUGCAUGCUUCCACGACUUUGACUUUGACCGAUCUAAGCAUACCAUCAUCACAAUGUCAGAUAGCAAAUACCUGGGCCUCCACAUGGAAGGUCCUCUCUCCAAACACUUUGGAAAACGAAUUGUGGUUCCUCUACCUGACCUCAAGGCAAGAGACAAAUCCAAUGUUGUCUACCUUCGCCCCAGUCGCUACUCAGGCACCAAGAACUCUCAAUUGAUGGUGGACAGUCUCUGCUAUGUGCUCAACGACCUCAGCAGUACCCAAUCACAAUGCCGUGCUGGGGUUACCGUGGUUGUGAACAUGAAGAAGUGGGCAAGAGACAACUUUGACCAAGAAAUGUGGGUCAAGAUGAUCCGCAUCCUUCAAGGAGACUUGGUACCGACCAAGGUCAUGAAUGUCCUUCUUGUGGAUGCUCCAGAAGAAUUCCGAAACGUGUGGGAGCUUCUCGAACAACUCAUGCCAAACACCUUCUACAAGAAGGUGAACUUUGUCAAGCAAAACAAGCUUGGCGACUAUUUCAAGGAUGGGUUCCAUGAACACCUUCCAAACGAGUUCAAACGUGGCUGGCUAAGUAUAGAUGAGGUUGUGGAAGACUACAUUGACUUGAAGCAAUACAACGACCAGCUGGUCGAUUUGUAA